AUCGACCAGGAUUUUCUAUCCGAGUCAUUCGUGCCUCGGAGUCAAGGCUUCACAUACUCCAGUGCCACAUCCUGGAUGACCACCCAUUAUAACCCCCAACCCGGUGCGACGCUGAAAAAUGGACGAUACGUGGUGCUGCGGAAACUGGGCGAGGGAACGACAGCAACGACCUGGCUGGUUUAUGAUUCAUCGCUCGUGAAGCACCAAGGCAUCGAGUAUCUCGCUGCCAAGAUUCUCACCGUCGAAGCUACCGCGGAGCCCAACGGGCCCUCGCGCGAACGGGGUUUCCUGCAGACCAUCAAGGUUCACGGCGAUAAACAUCCCAUGGAAGAAGGACUGGAUUAUGCCCCCGUGCUCUUCGACAGUUUCGACGAAGGCGCACAACUCUGCCUUAUAAUGGCGUUAUAUAGCACUUCUGUCUCCGCCCUUCGCCACUCCGCGCCAAACAAAUGCCUCCCAGUCUACAUGGUGCGCAGCGUAGUUCAUAUGACGCUCCACGCGCUUGUCUCGCUGCACGACCUCAAGAUUAUCCAUGCCGAUGUCAAGGCCGAGAAUAUCCUCUUUACCGGCGCUCGCUUCUCAGACACGAGCAAACUUGAAAAAUACCUCGACGACUAUCCAUCGCAACUCGAGGGUCGGCCCCAGCCGCUUCCACACGAUUUUGCGUACAACAGCUCAGCGUUCCAGGCGGAGCUGAUCACGGUCGCGCUUGUCGACUACUCGCAUGCCCAAUCGUCAGACGGCGUUCUAUCUGGUACGACUUGCUGCCCGCCCGCCCUCCGCCCACCAGAAGUCCUCCUCUCGUCUGGCUUUGGACCCGCAGUUGAUAUAUGGGCUGUCGGAUGCUUGACAUUCGAGCUUCUUGUUGGACAGUGUCUCUUCCAUCCAGAAGACGGAGGAGACGGCUAUACAUUGGAGGAUGAUCUUCUUGCCCAGAUGCAAGACCUGACCGGCCAGCGAUUUUCUGCCGAUGUCCUUUCCCGUGCCAAAAACGGAGCAAAGUACUUUGAUGCUCAAGGCAACCUCCUCCGCCGGCGCAUUCCAAAGCACACACCACUUUCCAUCGAGCAGAAGAUACGAGACCACAACAUCGCUGGUUUGGCGGAGGAAGAUAUCAAAGAGAGUGCAGAGUUCAUCCAGGCGUGUUUGCAGCUGGAUGACAGGCGGCGAUUCACGGCGGAAGAGCUGCUCAAGUAUAGUUUCGCAAAGAAGGCUUGGUUGUGCGAUUGA